UAAUACUUCGUGAAAAGAAGUCCAGCGUUGUACCGUCUUCAGUUUUUCUUUUGUAAUCCGCCUACUAACCCGUCUCGUAGCUCUCACCCGUCACCCUUCUUCAGACGACUCAAUCUCGCAAGACCCGGACGCAUUUGAGUCUACAGACGGAUUGUGACAAUCUGACUCGAGCCCAGCACUUCACUAAUACAUCCAUUUCACUGGUUCUGCUGCGCACCCUGCUGCUUGCUCAACACCGCUUGGGGCAGCACAGUCUCGAGGUCUCGAGGGUUGUCCUUCGCGCACCGCCUCUCUCUCCAUCACUCUCCGUCCUCGGGUUCGUCCCCCCGACGAAACCGGCCGGAUCAUCAUGAAGGCCUCUACCGUACCCGUCGCCCGUUCUCUACAACGCGGCUCUCGCUCGCUCUCAACAUGCCGCACAAUCUUCCAGGCCCGACCCCUCAUUGCUUCAGCUCCGAGCGUACGGACACGGGUGGCUCCUCUACCACGAGGUGCCCUGGCCGCUUCCGUUUCCACAAGAACCUUUGCGACUACUCGGAUUGCGCGCAUGGCCAGUGCCGAAGACUCUGAUACCUUCGAUCCAUCCACCAUUGAGCGCGAAUCGGACCAGGUCGACGUCUGUAUUGUCGGAGGGGGCCCUGCCGGAUUGAGUGCUGCCAUCCGACUGAAGCAGCUCGCCAAUGAAGCCGGGAACGACGAGUUCCGUGUCCUCCUCCUUGAGAAAGCCGGCGAGAUCGGCGCCCACAUUGUCUCUGGCGCCGUCAUUCAGCCCUCCUCGAUCGAAGAGCUGAUUCCAGACUGGCUUUCCGAGGAUAACCCUAGCCGCUUCGAGCACGCCACGCCUGCUGGCGGGGACCGCAUGCGCUUCCUCACCAAGAACUCCGCCAUCCCCCUGCCUAUGCCACCCUUGAUGAACAACCACGGCAACUACAUCGUCUCUCUGAACCAGUUCACCAAGUGGCUGGGCGAGCGCGCCGAGGAGCUUGGUGUCGAGGUCUACCCCGGCUUCGCUGCCAGCGAGGUCCUGUAUAACGCGGACGGUAGUGUCAAGGGCGUUGCUACCAACGACCUCGGAAUUGGCCGCGACGGCCGCCCCAAGGAGACCUUCGAGCGCGGCAUGGAGUUCCACGCCCGCGUCACCCUCUUUGGUGAGGGCUGCCACGGCAGUCUGACCAAGCAAGUCAUCAAGAAGUUCGACUUGCGCCGCGAUAGCCAACCCCAGACAUAUGCCCUUGGUCUCAAGGAGGUCUGGGAAGUGCCGCCGGAAAAGUUCCGCAAGGGCGAGAUUACCCACUCGCUCGGUUACCCCUUGCCCAAGGAUACCUACGGCGGCGGCUGGAUGUAUCACUUUGGAGAAAACCUCGUGAGCGUCGGUCUUGUCGUCGCCUUGGACUACCCCAACCCUUGGAUGUCCCCCUACCAGGAGUUCCAGAAGUAUAAGCAGCACCCGCUCAUCCGGAGCGUCCUCGAGGAUGGCAAGUGCCUGUCGUACGGCGCCCGCGCCCUCGUCGAGGGUGGUUUCCAGUCCAUUCCCAAGUGCGCCUUCCCCGGCGGCGCCCUCAUCGGCGACUCGGCCGGCUUCAUCAAUCUCCCCAAGGUCAAGGGUACGCACAAUGCCAUCAAAUCGGGCAUGCUCGCCGCCGAGGCCGCCCACGCCGCCCUAUCGACCAGCGACGACGGCACCGUGUUCCUGUUCGACUACGAGGACGCCCUGCGCAACUCCCCCAUCUGGAAGGAGCUGAAGGAGGUGCGCAACUACCGGCCCUCCUUCCACACCCCGCUCGGCCUGUACGGCGGCGUGAUGUACUCGGGUCUCGAGGCCCUGGUCCUCAAGGGCCGCGUGCCGUGGACUUUCAAGCACAAGACGCCGGACCACGCCGCCACCAAGCAUGCCGACCAGUGUCCCAAGAUCGAAUACGAGAAGCCCGACGGCAAGAUCAGCUUCGACGUGCUCACCAGCGUGAGCCGGACGGGCACCAACCACGAGGAAGACCAGCCUGUGCACUUGCAAGUCAAGGACUGGGACAAGCACGCCGCCGAGACGUGGCCCAAGUACAAGGGGCUCGAGAACCGCUUCUGCCCUGCCGGCGUGUACGAGUAUGUGGAGGACGAGUCCAAGGAGCUUGGUGUGCGCUUCCAGAUCAAUGCCCAGAACUGCAUCCACUGUAAGACUUGCGACAUUAAGGCGCCGCACCAGGACAUUAACUGGCAGGUGCCGCAAGGCGGCGAGGGACCCAAGUACUACAUGACAUAGAGCGACUGAGCGACGGUCAAUAUAUCAGGAUGUCAAUGUACAUGUAAGGCUGAUCUUUGUAUAUCUCGAAACCGAGGGGGGGGUGCAUCUGUCCUAGAAGAGCGGUUCUGAUAUCCCGGGGGUGUGUUAACGGGGUUGCACGUGAAUUAGGGUAGUAUAAUGGCGUCUGGUCCUUCUCAUCAUUAUAAAAAGUAAGUACGUUGUGGUGGUUAGAGAACUUGGUAGUAAGCACUUGAGAAUGUUUAAUCCGACUAAGAUGAUGAUGAUGAUGGUAUUCGGGUAUUGUCGGGU